CUGAUGCUGGAUGCUGUGAAUUUGAUUGACGCGAACAUGUCGGUGUGAUGGGGGAGCGCCGGGAUGCAGCUGAUGAUGGUCCAGAAGGGGAAUACGUGCUGUCAAAUCAGACGUUAUCGUUAAGAAAUAACACCCAACGUUCUCCUUUAUCAUCUAUAACAAAGAUGUCUGAAUUUGUGUUGCAUUUCACGCGGGCGAAAUGGAUCUAGCUGAUGCCACCGCAGCGAGGAUCUGAUUUGUAUUUUUUUCCUUCCUUCCUUCAGUAUCAGUGUAUUAUGGUAGAGUCAAGCCGGAGCAUCAAACAUAAACUGUGCAACCCUGAUGACAACACCGUCAGGAUAUCAGGAUAUCAACAAUGGAAUCGCCUUACACGUAGAGUCUAGUUUUUCAUGAUCACACACACAUCAUUAUUAGUGCUUUCACGAACGCACUAUUCAAGUGUUGUCUAAUCUGAUUGAGCGAAAAAAGUAGCCUGCACUUAAGAGACGGACCACUGCUCCCAAAUUAUGGACGAGGAGAAUAUAACCAAAAGCGACGAGCAUCAUCUGAGUUUGCAAAAAGCCUUGCAGCAGUGCGAACUGGUGCAAAACAUGAUAGACAUUAGUAUCUCCAGCUUGGAAGGUCUGAGGACCAAAUGUGCCACAUCCAACGACUUGACACAAAAAGAAAUCCGAACGCUGGAGGGUAAACUGGUGAAGUAUUUUAGUCGGCAGCUCUCUUACAAGCGUAAAGUGUCCUUACAGGAGCAGAAUGUGGAGUUGGAUGGAUUCCCGCGGCUGGGACACUGGUUCCGCAUUGUUAACAUGAGGAAGGAGGUUAUUGAGGAGAUCUCUCCAGGUGAGCUGACUCUGGAAGCUCUGUUGGAGAUGUCAGAUGAGCAGGUGUGUGAGGCGCUGCAAAAGUUUGGAGCCAGUGAUGAAGAAUGUGCUCGGCUCAAUGCCUCGCUCACAUGUCUACGAUCAGCCCACAAAUCAGAACAACUUGAGGAUGACAAAUUACACAGUAAUGGAGGAUCCAAGCAGGACUGGUCCAUUCAGUGGCCCACGUCCGAGUCGGGGAAAGAGAACACCCCAGUGGGGCCAUCAGACCCUAUUCAGUGGGUCCGUCUCCAGCUCUCCCAGAGCCCCAAAUUGCACUCGCGCUACAGCCAGCACUUGUGCCAGAGUCCCCAGGCCCUGGUGCCCCCCUUCUAUUCCCCUCACCCGCAUUCAGACCGGCUGACCGUGGACCCUCACACUGGCCUCUUCCCCUCGCCUCUGGAUAUGGGACAUCACUCUCUCCCUCCUUCCCCCAGACAGAGGCAUUUUGCCCACACCCCUCCUUGGACUCCUUUAGUAGUGAACACCAUGACCCCUCCAGGGACGCCGCAGGUCAGGCGCAGGAAUAAGCUGAAGGCCCCUGGGACCCCGCCGCCUGCGAGCCGGAAGCUCAUCCACCUUCUGCCAGGGUUCACGGCUCUGCACCGCAGCAAAUCCCACGAGUUCCAGCUGGGGAACAGAAUAGAUGACGCACAGACACCCAAAGCAAAAAAGAAGAACAAGCCGUUGAACCUGAAGAUCCACAGCAGUGUGGCUGGAAGCUGUGAAAACCUGCCGACCCAGCGCUCUCCUCUCCACUCCGAUCACUCACUCCGCUCCUUCUUUUUCCCCAAUUUUGUCCCUUCGACACCACCAGUGCACUCCGAUACCCCCUCAGCAAAUACUCUGUCUGUUCCUCGCUGGUCUCCUCAAAUAUCUCGCAGAGACCUCGGCAACUCCAUAAAACACAGGUUUUCCACGAAGUACUGGAUGUCACAGACAUGUAUCGUGUGUGGGAAAGGAAUGCUGUUCGGCUUAAAAUGCAAAAACUGCAAAUUGAAGUGCCACAACAAAUGCACCAAAGAAGCACCACCCUGUCUUGUACUCAUAUACCACAGAGGAGGUAGGGACACAUUAAGAGAUCAAGUAACAUCUCAAGCUCGUCAGCUCGUCAGGACCGAGUCGGUACCAUGUGACAUAAACAACCCCCUCAGGUACUCAGACCUCCACAUUAGCCAGACUCUCCCCAAGACCAACAAAAUCAACAAGGACCAUAUCCCUGUGCCGUAUCAGCCCGACUCCAGCAGUAACCCCUCCUCCACCACCUCCUCCACCCCGUCGUCUCCUGCUCCCCCUCUGCCGCCCAGCGCGACACCCCCAUCUCCUCUGCACCCUUCCCCGCAGAGCGCCAGACAGCAGAAACAGUCCAGCCUUACAGCAUCUCAUUUCUACAAAUACAAGCAGGAGUUCAUCUUCCCUGAUGUGGCCCCCGAGGUUCCCACCAGGGCCCCUCAAGUCAUUCUACACCCUGUUCUGUCUGAAACUGGUACCAAAGUGAGUCCCUUGCUACAAAUUGAGGUUGAGCCAACAUCUGACAAUGAGGAAGGCAAUGAUGAGGCCGAGGGUUCAGCGGACGAGUUCGAGGAGAUGAAUCUCUCCCUUCUGUCUGCACGGAACUUCCCACGCAAGGCCAGCCAGACCAGCAUCUUUCUGCAGGAGUGGGACAUCCCCAUGGAGCAGCUGGAGAUGGGAGAGCUGAUCGGGAAAGGCCGCUUUGGACAGGUCUACCACGGACGCUGGCACGGAGAAGUGGCAAUACGGCUAAUUGACAUCGAAAGAGACAAUGAAGAACAGCUGAAAGCGUUUAAAAGAGAGGUGAUGGCAUACAGGAACACACGGCAUGAGAACGUGGUCCUGUUCAUGGGAGCGUGUAUGAGACCCCCUCAUCUGGCCAUCAUCACCAGUUUGUGUAAGGGCAGGACCCUCUACUCAGUGAUUCGAGAUGCAAAAGUCGUUCUCGACGUGAACAAGACUAGACAAAUCGCACAAGAGAUGGUGAAGGGCAUGGGCUACCUACAUGCCAAAGGGAUCCUUCACAAAGAUAUGAAAUCCAAGAAUGUAUUUUAUGACAAUGGGAAAGUGGUCAUCACCGACUUUGGCCUGUUCACAAUAUCUGGUGUUCUACAAGCAGGCAGUAGGAGAAAGGAUAAGCUGCGGAUCCCAAGCGGCUGGCUAUGUCAUCUCGCUCCUGAGCUCAUCCGUCAGCUCUCCCCUGAGACCGCAGAAAACCAGCUUCCUUUCUCCAAACAGUCUGACGUCUUUGCCUUUGGCACUAUCUGGUACGAGCUCCAUGCACGCGAGUGGCCCUUUAAGAAUCAGCCAGCUGAAGUCAUUAUCUGGCAGGUGGGAAGUGGAAUGAAGCCCAUCCUCACUCAGAUCGGCAUGGGCAAAGAGAUAUCCGACAUCCUGCUGUUCUGUUGGGCGUAUGAACAGGAAGAGCGGCCCAGCUUCUCCAAGCUCGUGGAGCUACUGGAGAAACUCCCGAAACGCAACCGUCGCCUGUCUCACCCAGUACACUUCUGGAAAUCAGCUGAGCUGUGACAGCGACGGGUUCCUGUUCUUCAGAAGGCCUUUCUCUCUCUCAUUGUCUCAUCUGGACUGCAUUCUCACACCCAAUCAAGCCCGGGACCGAGGUCUUACCUCAUCAGUCACAUGACAGGAAAUCUUGGCACUGGCUUCCUGUGAUCCUUAUGAUCGAUGGACUGAGUUCAUUAUAGAGAGUCCUUGCUGCGUUAGUCUAUGCAGAAUAUGGCUGGCACCUUUGGUUUGAUUUUGAUUUUGACUUUGGUUUUAAAAAGAGGCUGCAUUUUCAUAAUCAAGUCAAUAUCUAUCCUCCAUUCCAAACAUGUCUACUAUCAACGUCACAGCCAUUCUGGAGACGCAUUAAAGGUGAAGUGUGUCAUUUUUAUAUUAAAAUACUUUAAUAUACAUGCAGGUUUAAUGAGGAAAGGAAAGCUAUUUGUGGCAUGAUUUCCCUGUGUAGCUUUCCAAACAUUUGCUCUGUUUGUUUGAUUGAUCUGAAACAUUAAUUCGACCAAUGGAGUAAUUCUGCAGAUGAUACAGCUGUUUAUCAGCAGCCAUGACUUUUUUAGCAGCCAUGACUCUGAAAGGUAUUUUACCCAUUCAUUUUCAUCCAUAGAGAUUUCAAACAGGGCCUUGACCCAAAUCAACCAGCUCUGAGAUGAAUCACAUUAUCAGAUUUGAUUAAAAGGAAAGCUAUUAGAAAAUAAGAAAACAGGUAAAAGAUGGCGUACUCGAUUAUUUCACGAAGAAAACAGUAUGAUGUGAACCAGAAAUCAAUCAAAAGUGACAGAAAAGUUACAAAAGUUUUCUAUUUUAAAUAAACAGUGAAGAAAAUAUUAAGAUUUUUUUUUUCUUAAGCAGCAAAUCAGCAUACAAGAAUGAUUUUUUAAGGAUGAUGUUACAUAACAGGAAUACGUUAGAUUAGAAAAACACUUGGUGAGCAUAAAAUAAUAAAUAUAAAUACAAAUAAAAAAAAUAACUGCAACAAAGUUUCGAACAGUAGAGUAUAGAUUAAACUAGCAGAACACGUGCAUAUAAUCUUGUACAGAGGACAACAGUAAACCAACCUUAAAAGCAGAUAUAAGAAAAGACAGCAGAUUCUCACCAGCUGGAAAUAUUUACUUCUUCAGAAAAAAAAAAAAAAGAUUGUUUGAAAAACCUGUCUGGAAACAGUUGUUAUUCAUGCAAUAUCACACUUCACCUUUAAUAUCUACUUCAUUUAAUCUUUAUCGAAUGCUAUUUUAAUGUCCAGGUAACCUCAUCCUUUUACAUAAUGUAAAACACACACAAAGAUGCAGUCAUACUCACCCGAUAAAUGCUCGUCUGAUGAGUCAAUGUCUGAGCAGGAGCUUUUCAGGUAUGCAGCCACAUGAGCCCUCGUUUAAUUACAUUACUCUUUGCACUCAGGACAGUAAAAUGAGCUCACUGACAUUUUCUGCCCAUAGGAAAGACAUCACUGUUUUCAGAGAAAUCCUCUAGUUGAACUUUAACAUUCAGCAUUAUAAAUGAUUAAAUUAGUCAUACAGAAGAGGUAAGAGGGGGGCAGACAGGUAGGAUGUGCUUAAUUGUGUGUAAGUGCGUCUCUCUAUGAGUAAUCUGUAUGCUUUUUUUUCUGGGUAAAAAACAUCUAACUUUUAUUAAUAAGACAUCAACAAGCAUUUUUACCAUCACAAUUACUGUUACUCAUACUUAAUAUGGAAUCCCACAUUGUUUAAGCAUUGUUAUCAGUGCCAAUUUUUGUUUAGUUUUUUCCUGGUGGAUGAUAAAACAGGAGAAAAAAUGCAAUAGACUUAAAAUGAUGGAAGAAGUCAUAGCUAGAGAUCUGAGCUUAAGCAUAUUUUAAGUGUUGAAAUGUGAUACAUACAUGGCUGUGCAAGAGAUAGAGCAUAAGUUUACCUGGGAUUUCAAAGUAAACAAUGAUCAUGUCCAGUGUAGAUACGGUGGUGGCAAUGGCCUUGGAAUUAUCCUACACCUUAGCAACUGCUUUUUAACAAUAUAGCAACACUACAACACCAUACACUGUAUUUAAAAAAUAUUUGAAAUUUUUUUACUGUAUUGAUAUGAAUUUUGUGUAUUGGUUUUCUUUUACAGGUGUUUUACCUGUAUUUUGAAUUUUGCACCUAAUUGCAUGGUAUUUUAAGGUUAACUGAAAUGUCCAUAAAAUUAAUGAAUAAUGCCCUGGGAGAAAAUCACCAGUAAUUUUUUUUUUUUUUUUUCCAGUAAUUUUUUUCCCCAUACAUUUGUAAAAUGUAUUUUAUAUCAAAAGGCCAAAAAAAAAAAAAAAAAAAAAAAAAAGAUGGCAGGAACCAGAGUUGAAACUAGAGAACGGAAUAUCUUAGAAACUAAGCAACAGCAUUGCAGCGUUGCACCCAAAAAUGGUCCAUUUUCCAUUUUCAUUAGUGUAGCAAUGUAAGAAACAUGGCUUACAUAGAAGUUCAAAUCAAGCUGCUUUCUGAUGAAUGUAAGCAAAAUCUGCAUGGGAACCUUUUCGCCUUUAAAUAAAACUCUCAGUUGCACAGAUUACUUUAGAAAUUGAUUGAAUUUGCCCAUGAAAUUUCACAGAGCAACACUGAUUUUUUUUUUCAUGCAUUCUUAAAAUGCAUGCUUUAUAAUGCCCAGGAACACAGAUCAGUAGUGUCCAUUCACAUAUAAAUAUUUUGUAUGACUUUAUUUGGGGUAAAAAAAAAUUCAACAUUACUAGUGGUGUUUCCUAAGCCAAGCAUCACUAUUACUCUACUUAAUGUUACAGAUCCCACAUUGUUUGUGCAUUGUUUUCAAUGCUUUCAAAUUUAUGUUUUUCAUCAGGUGGACAUUUCAAACUAUUUGAAUGCACAUUAACUUAUGAUCUGAUAAGCAAUAUGCAAAGUAACGAUGUUCUUAAUAUAUGAAGUUUGAACCUUUGUUUUCUGACAGCGUGAGAUCAUUAGCAUUCGCAGAGCAGGAAGAUGGGUUGAUUGAGCUGUGUUGCAUUAAAUGAAAUCCCAUCGCCAACAAUAACCUGAACCCUCCACACAAUAAACAUACCUGUCAGAAACAUCUGAUUAAAAUGCAAAGAACUGAAUUACUUAUGACGGGACGUGUUUACCAUCACAUUAUGGCACAAACGAAGCCCCCCCCCCCCCCCACCCCAUACAUAACAAGUCAUUAACCAACGCAGAAUUGUUAAUUUUUCAACGCUCCCUGCUUUGAGGCACAUUUUCAUGUAAUUUUCAACGUAGGCGAGUGAUUUGCUGCUUUGAUAAUUACCAAAUAAUCCACAUUCCGGAUAAUUAGACCAAACAACCCUGUGAGCAAGAGAAUUCAUUAACAAUCUUCACCUCUGAUGCUUCGUUUGAAAGGCUUAUCACACAUUCUAUCUCUCUCAUGGCACUCGUUUGUAAGAUGCUUCAAAUAUCAUCAUACUCUGAUUAGCUUUCUGAAUGUUUCUUAGAAUCUGCCGAGGGAGAAAUCUUUGUUUUUCUUUAAUCAGUUCAUUACAGUUAUUUACAUUUCAUUUCUUUGUGACCCGUUCUGUUGAAUGUGAUUUAGGUAAUGAAUUGAACCAAAAUGUAAGAUUUCCCAUCAGUGAGUAUUCUGAAAUAUGCCCUGUGGUCUCCCUGUGUACAUAGUGCCAGUCUGCCCAAGAGUUUGUGAAUUACUAUCAGUAUAUUUCCAUUGACGAGAAGAUUCAUACUGUUAACCUUUAUUGUUGUAUUUGCUAGAAAAUCCAGUGGCAGACAGAAAAAGUUGCUGGCGUGAGAACCAUGAAUGUAUCCCAGAACAAAAAAAGGAUGAAAAAAUCAAUUCAUAUAAAUCAGCAUCAUUGCAAAGAGUUGCACUAUCAUCAACUAUUGCGCUCAAUGUGCUCAAUAACAGGAAUAAUUGGCUGAAAAUUGACUAACACUCAUGUCAUCCAAGAUGUAGAUGAUUUUGUUUCUUUAAACACAGAUCCUCUGUAGUGAAUGGGUGCCGUCAGAAUGAGAGUCCAAACAGCUGAUAUAAACAUCACAAUAAUCCACACCACUUCAGUCCACCAGUUAACAUAUUGUGAAGCAAAAAGCUGCUUGUUUGUAAGAAAUUAAUCCAUAAUUCCAUUCCACGAAUACAUCAAUCUGCAUUUCAAUUUAAAGGGAUUGUUCACCCAAAAAUGAAAAUUCUGUAAUUGAUCUUUUUCUUUUUUUUUCUUUUUUUUUGUUAAGUUGUGUUCUAAAGAUGAACAAAGGUCUAACAGGGUUGGACAAUAAAUAAUGUAAAUAAUGAGAGAAUUUAAAUUUUUGGGUCAACUAUCCCUUUAAAACUUUCCUCAAUCCAUAAUAUUGCUUUAUCCAGUAAAAACAAAGUCAAACAGUAAACCAGUUUUAAACAAAUUUGUUGGUUGAUUAUGGUUUUGAGGAAACAGGGGAUUGACUUCUUCACUAGAAGUGUGAUUAUGGACUUGUCGUUUGGCUUUUUAAAGUAAAAACAUUUUAAAGUACAUUUUAAAGUAAGAAUUUCUUUUUUUUUUUUUUUUUUUACAAACACCCCAGCUUUUUAUUUCACAAGACAUUAAUUGAUGGACUAUAAGCAUGUGGAUUACUGUGAUGUUUUUAUUAUCUGUUUGGACUCUCAUUCUGACGGCACCCAUUCACUGCAGAGGAUCCAUUGGGGAACAACUGAUGUAAUGCUACAUUUCUCCAUAUCUGUUCUGAUGAAGAAAAUGCUCACCUACAUCUUGGAUGGCCAGAGGGUGAGUAUGUAUUCAGCAAGUUUUCAUUGGUGAACUAUUCCCUAAAAACAAAGCGUAAAUUAAAAAAUCUUGUAGUCUGGCCAAGAACCGCCCACUUAAACAGGAAUAGAGCAUUUGACCGACCUACCAGAAGUUGCAUAGGCCAACCAAUCAGAUUAUAGGUUGGGAAUGUCAGAAAUGUUUAUUAAAUUCUAUUUGAGAUAUUCCUAAUUAAAUGGAUUACUGAUAUAAGUAUAUACAAGUAUCAUUGAACUAUGAAAUACAUGCUUAAUGCUUGUAGCACAUACUGUAAAUACACAAGUGAAUUAAUAUUUAUUUCAUACUUACAAUAUACAUAAUGAACCUAAAAUAUCAUAAAAAGUCCUUACAUUACAGACCUCAUCAGUAAAUGCACUUCAAACUUUCACAGAAGCCUUUUUUUUUUUUUUUUUUUUUUUUUUUUGAUCUGCUGUCCUAUUUUUGUCAUUCAUAAUGAUUAAUGGCCAUUCUUAAUGAUUCAUCACCUCAAAAUCAAACUGUGCUCCAAACUCCUUUCCCACACAUUUCACCUCCUCGUGGAGUUUCCUUACACAAAACAUUGUGAAUGAAAAUCACAUAUUGUGCAAAAAACAUCUGUGUACAUUUUGUACAGUGAUAUUUCUAUAGUUUUUCUACUCUUGUAAACAAAUGGUAUUUCUAACAGCAGAUGUCAUGAAUGUCAGCUCUGGAGCACUGCAGGCUUUGUUACCAAAUAUGUGUUUUUGUUGUGCCGCUUUUGGUCAGGUUCAACUUUUGCCCUCAGAAAUAAAGACUUAUUUAUCAAAACCA